AUGGCAACUGUCAAAGAGCAGCUUAUUAAGAAUCUAAUUCCGGAAGAUAAAGUUUCUCAGAGUAAGAUCAGCAUUGUAGGAACAGGUGCUGUGGGCAUGGCUUGUGCUAUCAGUAUCCUAAUGAAGGGUUUGGCUGAUGAACUCGCCCUUAUUGAUGUUGCAGAGGACAAAUUGAAGGGAGAAACAAUGGAUCUUCAACAUGGCAGUCUUUUCUUUCAUACUUCGAAGAUUAUCUCUGGAAAAGAUUGUAAUGUAUCUGAAAAUUCCAAACUAGUUAUUAUAACAGCAGGGGCACGACAACAAGAAGGAGAAAGUCGCCUUGCCUUGGUCCAGCGUAACGUGAACAUUAUGAAAUCAAUGAUUCCUACCAUAGUCCGUCGUAGUCCUGAAUGUAAAAUACUUGUUGUUUCAAAUCCAGUGGAUAUUUUGACAUACGUGGUCUGGAAAUUGAGUGGAUUUCCCCCAAGUCGUGUGAUUGGAACUGGCUGUAAUCUAGACUCGGCCCGUUUCCGUUACCUAAUUGGAGAGAAGCUAGGCGUCCAUCCUACAAGCUGUCAUGGUUGGAUUAUUGGAGAACAUGGUGAUUCUAGUGUGCCCUUAUGGAGUGGGGUGAAUGUUGCUGGCGUUCCUCUGAAGACUCUAAACCCUCAAUUAGGAACAGAUUCAGACAAAGACCAGUGGAAAAACAUUCAUAAACAAGUUGUUGAAAGUGCCUAUGAAAUUAUCAAGCGAAAGGGGUACACCUCUUGGGCUAUUGGACUAUCUGUGACAGAUCUGGCAGAAUCAAUAUUGAAAAAUCUCAGGAGAGUGCAUCCAGUUUCCACUAUAAUUAAGGGUUUAUAUGGAAUAAAAGAAGAAAUAUUUCUCAGUGUCCCUUGUAUUUUGGGGCGAAAUGGUGUCUCAGAUAUUGUGAAAAUUAAGUUGAAUACUGAGGAGGAGGAUCUUUUUAAGAAGAGUGCAACCACUAUAUGGAAUGUCCAAAAAGACCUGGUAUUUUAA